AUGGACCACUCAGCGCCUUUCAUUCAUCAUCACCAGCAGCAAAACCAGCCAACUUCUUUCGAAUCCGAAAAAGUCGACUAUGGCUUUGACAGUUUGCUCGGUCACGAUACCUGCCUGACACAUGGUCUCGAUUCUCUCGGUACCUGCAACAACACUGAGAACGCUUGUCUCGACCAACGCUGUUUUGACCACUAUGGUAAAACUGCUGCCACCAAGAACGCUCUUGACAUCGGCCUCGAUCUUAAGAACGGUACUGAUACGGUCUCCCAGCGUCAUGACCAGGCCAACAACGCCCGUUCCACGAGGGCAAAAAGCCGUACCCAAUCAAGCAUAUCCAGUUCUCCUGCAAGAACAUUGUCCACUGCGGCAAUGAGAGUCUCAGCGCACCGACAAAAGCGAAGGAGACAGUCUGAGCAGACGCAUCAAUAUCAUAACCAACCGGAAUACCAGCUGUCGUCACAUGUGCAUCAAAUGCACUCUCCUCAUAGCAUUCAACAAGAUCAGAAUCUCCAGCAUAUCGACCCCACAGCCGUUCUUCAGACCGUCAACGAGAAUUUGCAGCACAACUUCAAUAUGCCACUGUUAGACAGUCAACAUACAUCGUUUGGAGAAUUCCAACACCAUAACCAUGCGUUUUCAAUGCCCAGUCUCUAUGAUCGCUGGCCACAAGCCGUUGCUCCCUCCUGGGCCAACAUGAUGGGACAGGCCGACGUCGCUCAUUGCAUGCCGAUGUCGUGGACACCACAUAUGGGAUGCAAUAACGCCACCUCUGUUGACUGCACUUCUGCGUGCGGCGACGCCAAAUGUUGGAGUCAGUGUGGCGAUGGAGAUCAUGCGGACUGUUGCUUCGAUGCUUCUUGUGACGAGUUUGACUUCUCCCAUGCUGCUUGUUGCUUCGAACCCACUUGUGCUGCCCUUGAGCCAUGCCUUGACGCCUCUUGUCAGGAGGCCGCAAUCCCCUGCAACGAUUCGCAUUGCGUGAGCACCACCGUUUCCACCACUCCGGCAUCUGUGUCUGUUACAACACCCUCGGCAGAGCCUGAACCCGUGGUCAAUACCCUAAUGAGCCCAGUCGAACCAGGCCAGGGUGUUCCUCUGGAUAUUGACUCCGCGAUCGGUCAUGACUUUGGCGAUUUCUCUCAUGAAAUCGGACAUAGUUUUACUGACGAUCUCAACCAACACGUCGGGAAUCUUGCGAGCCGUCCCAGUGGCCCAGGGCUGGCCCGCAAUGGCACCUUUUCUAUGCCUUCACAAUCCCCCACACCGAAAACCGAGUUGGCGGAGAAGCAAGCCAUAAAAGGAGAAGCCGAUUUCACCUGCCAAUGGCUAUGUGAGGGAGAUGGUGUCCUCUGUUCCAAACGGUUCGGAAGUAAUAAAGAACUCCAGGACCACUGCAAGAAUGAGCAUGUCAAGACUCUGCAGAAAGGUGAAAAUGGGUUUUGCUGCACAUGGUACGCUUGUAUAAGACCCGGUCCAUUCUCGCAAAAGAGCAAACUGGAACGACAUAUGCAGACGCAUACCGGAUACAAACCAGUCAAAUGCGAGAUUUGCGGCGUAAUGCUUUCAGCAAAGCAAUCCCUGGAGCAGCACAUGCGUACUCACUCGGGAGAGAAACCAUGGAAGUGCAUACAACCGGGGUGUGAGGCGCGUUUCAAGCAGCAGAGUGCUCUUACCAUGCAUAUGCGCACGCAUACAGGAGAGAAGCCUUUGCAGUGCGAAAUUUGUGGGAAGCGGUUCGGUGAAUCUUCCAAUCUAUCCAAGCACCGUCGCACGCACAAUGUUCGUGGUAACCACGUUUGUGAGCACUGCGGCAAAGACUUUCAUCGGCUGGAUCAACUUCGUCGGCAUCUGCAGACACAUAUGCAAGAUGGCGGCCGCAAGACUAGCAAAAGCUCAUGA